UUAUCGAAAACAAUCGAUUGCUUGUAAGAGGUGUAGUGUGAAAGAAUCGAAAGCAGAAGAACGCAUCGUUUAAAGUUUUUUGAGAUGUGUUUAAAAAAUGACAUUCUAUCUGGAACACGUGUUUACUGGCGAUAUGAUUCACCUGGACGAGGGUGUCCACAUUAUGGGACGUCACUCUAAUUGCACCUCUAUACUGAAGUACGACUACAUGUCCCGAUUCCACGCCCUUGUUUUGGUUAAGCAUGGCAAAAUUUUCGUCAAGGAGCUGGAAACCUACAACGGCGUAUUUAUCAACUAUUCGCUGGAGCGAGUUGGCACGGAAUGGCAGGAACUGUCCGUGGGCGAUGAUCUGUGCUUUGGGGUUAAACUAUACGGCGAGGUCGCUGAGGAGAUCCCGAUUACGUUCGGGAUUUUCACCGUUAAGGAGGAGGAGCUGCACCACUCGCUGGCUGUCGACAACGGUAAUGGACAACACAACGGAGAGCCAUCCAGUUCCCCAUAAACCGGGUGCAGAAAUGCAAAUGCCCCACUUAACGACACAAUCCCGUUUGGGGCGUUAAUUUUCCAAGCCCGAUAAGACCAUGGAACUGGAUCCUAAGGACCAGAGUCCUUGCAUACAAAUCGCCAACAAGAAGCUUCUGCAGUCCGACAAAAACCACACACAGUUGCGGCUGAAAUAAUAGGAAUUACUUAUUUGUAUCAAGUACAAUCAACUAAUAGUAUAAUAUUUGCACUUUCCUACAUUCUAAAUAGAAAUGUAUACCUAUGAAACCC